AUGGCAGUGAGCAAUUUAAUAUUGCUUUAUGCCAUUCUUAAUAUAAGAGCUUUAAAACCAUUGCCGCACAAAUUAAAUCUUUCAAUUCUUAGUGUAAUUAAAAUUGCAUGCAAUAUGGAACUUAGCUAUUAUAACAAGCGAGUAUCGCUUCCUAAUCCUUAUCAAAUUUCAAGUUGAAUAAUAAUGACACUUAACAUCACAUUUUCCUAUGCUUUGACAACAAAAUUACUACCAGGAGCUUACAAUCUUUGCUUUUUAGUUUUAUAUACAUCUACACUUGGAAUUUUAAUUAUUAUUUCUACUUAUAUUUCUUUCUCAGACCCAACAACAGACUCAAUAAAACUAUCACAUGAAUAUCGAAAUAAAGGGUAAUAAACAUGCAGCUUAACUUUAGACUAUACUAACUCCCUAGGAUAGAGUAAAUUUUUUGUUCACCCUUUAAGGGAAAAAAUUUUUCAAUAUUUUAUAUACGAACUUUCACAGUCAUUAAACACCUGCUUAUUUAAGAAAUUCUCACAAAAGGGGUGGUUCCCAGCUGUACGCGCAUAUAAUUUUCUGAGCUUGAAAGAAAAAUGUAAUUGUAUAUAUAAAUUUAAUAUUUAGAAUCCAAGCCAUUGAUAAUUAGAGAUUUCAAAAAUAAUUAUUACCUAUAUUUAAAUCAUCAAUUUAAACACAUUUUUUAUAUGUUGUCUCAAAAAGUGGUUUAAUAUCUCAAAAAAGAAAGAAUUUUCCCAAAAGUUUACUUUCUCACAGAAGUGAGGGAGUAAGUAUCCUGUGGUCUGCACUGUAUGUGAUGGAUAUGUUGAGCGAACCACAAAACAUUGCUUUCCUUGUAAUAAAUGCACUGAAAAGUUUGACCAUCACUGCAAAUGAUUAAAUAACUGUAUUGGAUCCAAAAACUACAGGUAUUUCAUCAUUUUAAUUUUGACUUGUGCUAUUCAUUUUACAAUUGAAACAAUUUUUAAUCUUAUUUUGAUAGCAUUUUAUAUCAGUGAUGGAUCAAACUUUAAAGAAAAAUGUGAUGAAAAAUUGCAUGUAAGAUAUGAAGUUAUUCUUGUUCUGCUUAUAAUGUGUAUAGCUCAAAGCUUUGUUGUUUGUUUAUCUUUUUAUUACCUUAUUGGUUUUCAUAUUUAUUUACCCCCCUGUUAAAUUUGAACAAAACUUUUCCAAUGGAAAGUUUCUAUUAAAUUAGUUUCGACCUAAUUUAAUCGAAAAAAGUUUAAGUAGAAUAGUAUUUAAGCAGCUUUACAACUCAACCAUUAAAAAUAAAUUAAAAUUCAAAAAUACAGCGUUCAAAUUAGUUUUUAUCUAAGAAUUUAAUAUCAUAUUUUUUAAAUAAAAUGGACCCUUUGAAAUUCGAGCAGGAUUUUUGGCUCCAAUUUAAAGAAGGGGAGCUAGCGAAAGAAGGGCUAACAACAUAUGAUUUUAUAAUGAGAAAACGAGAAAUAAUAACUCCUACCCAGCCCCCUAAAAUUGAGACAAAUAAAGACUGCUCGAUUUUUGAGCAAAAUUCUCCAUAUGACUGGUCAAGCAUAGGUAGCAACCCCACACCCCCACCUCCCUCAAUAAGGGAACCCCCCCCUAAAAAUGGUACUCCCACCCCUUUAACAGAUUGCACCCCCACCCCCCUCUCGGGUUUAUCCUAUAGAAGUAAUUGAUAGGAAACAAGCUGAAUAAUUUAAAUAUAUUCCAAUUAAAACACUAUAUUGAUAAAUUAAGUCUACAAAUUACUUUAUAUUUAUGAUUAAUUAAUAAAUUUAAAUUAAUUAGCAAUUAAUUAGAAAAUAUAUUAAAUUUGUUUUUUAUAUUUAUAAAUAUAAUGCCAAAGAUAUAGAUAAUGGCAUUAAUUAUUAAAUUAACCAAGCACAAUACAAUAAUUUGCAUUAAAUUUAUUGAUUCAUAAAUUAAAGCUAAUCUGAUGGCCAUUGUACAAGGAUUGCAGGACUGAAUUGGUAACGGGAUUCAAUAUAAUAAAAAUAGUAUUUACUAUUGCCAGUUUUACUUUUGGAUCUCUAAUUCGCCUCUUUAGCCAUUGUUUCCACAAAGUUCAUAAAUAUAUGCAGUAUAUACUGCUAAUUAAUACCAAAGAUCAUUAUUAUGCUUGCUAACAAUUUUUUUUCAGAUUUGGUGUGCUUACUAUUUAUAGGGAAUUCUCACCCCAUUCCAUCUAAUCCUUAAUCGACUUUGCUACGCUAUGUGGAUAUUGUAUAAAUCAGUAAUUUUGAAUAUUUAAAAUAAUAAUUUAUUUAUUACGUCUGCACUAAAUUGGCAUUUGUCAUAUAUUUAUGCUAUAUUAAGGGGGGGGGGUGCCAUUAAAAGGGGGUUGGGGGUGCCAUUAAAAGGGGGGUUACCAUUUUUUAGGGUGGGUGGGGGUACCACUUUUAGGGGGUGGGGUGUGGGGUUGCUACCUGUGCUUGACCAUAUGACCUUGAAAAAACUCAAGGCAACAAAACUCAUGUUCAAAGUGACACUUCUUUACAAUUUAUUGAAAAAGUUUGUGAAUAA